AAUGAAGAGUCAGAACCAGUAGACGAACUCACUUUAUAUGGACGACAUAGCAUGCUUUUCCGAGGUUUGGUGAUCAGUGAAAAUGUUUUAUCAAAGAAAAUGAUUUGUAAACAAUUGUUACCAAAGAAUCCGAAGUAUCUUUUGAAAGCCAAAACAAUUUUCAACGAGACAUCGAUAAACGGCAUUGUGGGAUCUGUUAAUUUCGAACAAGCCCUUAUGAAUGAAGUGAAAGCUUUUGCUUACUCAGCGUCAAUUGUGAUGUCACUUAGCUACAAUAAUGAUACCAAAAUUACAAAACAUCAUAAUUGGCAUAUCCAUAUAGCUGCCGUUGGAAAUGAUAGCAACAUGAAGAUUGGCAAGAAAUGUAUGAGCUGCCUUGGUCAUUACAAUCCAUACAACGUCUAUUUCCCGGAGAACGAUUAUGCAACCACAUGUAACCCUGGCAAUCAUUUCCGCUGUGAACUAGGUGAUGUUUCGAGUAAACUUGGAACAUACGAUGUUGGUGGUGGAUUGAAACAUUUUACUGAAACGGAAAACUAUUUUGCAAGUUGGCAUAAUAUCAUUGGUAGAGCGCUUGUGGUUCAUGCGCCCAAUAAGGGGGCUCCCCGUCAGGCUUGUAGUGACGUCAUGCCUGGAAGUGGUUUUACGGUGGAGUCCUUGUUGGUGAAGAAUUCAAAGGCAGCAAGGAAUACCGAGAGCUUUCAAAAUGUGGUUGCGGCUGUUUUGAAGAUCGAUACUUGGAGAGUUGCUGAUGUGAAAUAUGAGCCGACAGAAGGAGACAGCAGUUGCUUAACAUAUCAUUUUGUCUUGAUUGAUGAUACAGAAUCUGAUUUGCAUCAAGCUUUUGGUAAUGUGGUGAACGACAAUCGCAAUGGACUAAAAGAGUUUGCUAGUAGUUGUGCCAAGAAACCUCGUUGGAAAAUCAGCAAAGGAAAUGCUGCAGAAAUUAUUGGUGUUGUCUUUGGAAUUUUAAUUUUGCUCGUUUUCAUCUUGUGUAUGUUCCUUUGGCUAAGGAAGCGCCGCCAGGAAAACGAGGCUUCGACGAAGCUCUUCGACAAUACUGUGACUAACAAAACUGCAGUUAAUGUUGACAAGUAAAUUCAACAAGAACCGUCCAGUAGAUACCAAGUAGCAAUACAAACUGAUGACGUCACUAUAUUAUUAACAAUUAUUUAAUAUUUAACUUUGGACAAUAAGCCAGGAAUCCACCAUUAAGUAAAAUAUAUUACCGCAGCUCUAACGGCUUUCAUUAAGAUGCUCUCAGUUAUGAUUUUUUAAAGCAAAACAUCUUAUCAAUGAUGUUGCGAGGUUUCUUUGAAAUUUUGUUUUGUAUCAAGUGACCUGUUGUAAUGUAUUUUGACGUUGCUGCGUGUCAGCCACUUAAUGUGGAUUACAUGAAGUAUCAUAUCAAUCUUGCAUAAAAUUAUAUAGUUGUGCCAUAUAACAAGAUGAUUCUUAUUUUAAAACUGGGAAUCUAAUUUUGUAUAUUAUCAUUUUAUCACAUAAUAUAUACGUUUUCUUUUUUGUAAAUAUCACGAAUUAGUGUUUUCAAUAUUGUUGUAUAAUCAAUGACACAGUUUACAUAUUGAA